CUGUUACAAUUUCUGCAAGCUGUGGGAAUGAGGGAGGGCAUUGCAAUUCUAUAUAUAAAGCAUCCAAGCUUGAAGAGGGCAGCCUAGAAGGUGACAGCAUUGGCACUGCCUGCUUGGGACGGAGGGGAGCACUGAGAACACUGCCCAAGCAGGGCGUGCAUCAUGUUCCCAACACUGGUACUGCUCAUCUUCUGCAGUUUCCUGCAUUCUGCUGCUUUUGAAGGAAAUUAUUGGUCCCCCAUUCUUCUCCAAAAACCAAAAGAAUCUCUGCAAAGAAUCAGACCUUCAGGACAGAACAGUAGUGUGGAAGAGGAGUACUUUUUGCCAACAGUUUUGAGCAAAGAUUCCUGUUCUACCUGGGGAGGAGGGCAUUUUUCAACCUUUGAUAAAUACCAAUAUGACUUCACUGGGACUUGCAACUACAUCUUUGCAACUGUAUGUGAUGAGACCAGCCCAGACUUCAACAUCCAGUUCCGUCGUGGGCUAGACAAAAAAAUUGCAAGGAUCAUUAUUGAGCUUGGCCCUUCUGUUGUCAUUGUUGAGAAAGGCAGCAUUUCUAUCAGGAGUGUUGGUGUCAUUCAGUUGCCUUACGCCAGCAACGGAAUCCAAAUAGCACCUUAUGGACGCAACAUCCGCCUGGUAGCCAAGCUGAUGGAGAUGGAACUGGUGGUCAUGUGGAACAAUGAUGACUACCUCAUGGUUUUGGCUGAAAAAAAAUACAUGGGGAAAACGUGUGGAAUGUGUGGGAACUAUGAUGGUUAUGAACUGAAUGAAUUUGUGCGUGAAGGUAAAUUGCUGGAUACAUAUAAAUUUGCUGCCCUACAAAAAAUGGAUGAUCCAUCAGAGAUCUGUCUGUCUGAGGAGAUACCAAUUUCUGCUGUUCCUCACAAAAAAUAUGCCAUGAUCUGCUCUCAGUUACUUAAUUUGGUGUCACCAACCUGCAGUGUGCCCAAGGAUAGGUUUGUCAUUCGUUGCCAGCUUGAUAUGCAGGACUGCAGUGAGCCAGGACAAAACAACUGCACUUGCUCUACACUGUCAGAGUAUUCCAGGCAAUGUGCUAUGUCCCACCAAAUGGUGUUCAACUGGAGAACUGAAAACUUCUGCUCUGUGGGAAAAUGUUCUGCAAACCAAAUCUAUGAGGAAUGUGGUUCUCCGUGUAUUAAAACCUGUUCCAACCCAGAGUACAGCUGCUCCAGUCACUGUACCUAUGGCUGCUUUUGUCCAGAAGGAACUGUUCUUGAUGAUAUCUCAAAGAAUCGGACAUGUGUUCACAUUAGCCAGUGUCCAUGUACACUGAAUGGGAAAACAUAUGCUCCUGGUGAGACAAUGAAAGCGGCUUGUAGGACCUGUAAAUGUGUGAUGGGUCAAUGGAACUGCAAAGACUUGCCCUGCCCUGGAAGAUGUUCACUGGAAGGAGGCUCCUUUGUUACCACGUUUGAUUCGAGGCCAUAUCGAUUCCAUGGGGUUUGCACUUAUAUUCUUAUGAAGAGUUCCAGCCUGCCACACAAUGGAACCCUAAUGGCUGUUUAUGAAAAGACUGGUUAUUCUCAUUCUGAGACAUCACUUAGUGCUAUUAUUUACCAAUCUACCAAGGACAAAAUUGUGAUUUCUCAGAAUGAUCUCCUUACUGAUGAUGAUGAACUCAAGAGGCUGCCUUACAGAUCAGGAGACAUCACUGUUUUCAGACAGUCCUCCAUGUACGUUCAGAUGCAUACAAACUUUGGGCUGGAACUUGCAGUUCAAACAUUACCUGUGUUCCAGGCCUAUGUGAAAGUUGGAUCACAAUUCAAAGGCAGAACACUGGGUUUGUGUGGCAAUUACAAUGGAGACACUACAGAUGACUUCAUGACUAGCAUGGAUAUCACUGAAGGGACAGCCUCCCUGUUUGUAGAUUCCUGGAGGGCAGGAAAUUGCCAUCCUGCCUUAGAGAGAGAGACUGACCCUUGCGCUUUGAGCCAACUGAACAAAAUAUCUGCUGAGACUCAUUGCUCCAUUCUGACAAAGAAGGGUACAGUGUUUGAGAAAUGCCAUGCUGUGGUGAACCCUAUUCCUUUCUACAAGAGGUGUGUCUACCAGGCCUGUAAUUAUGAAGAGACUUUUCCUUAUAUUUGUUCUGCUCUGGGAUCAUAUGCACGAGCAUGUAGCUCCAUGGGUUUAAUCCUUGAGAACUGGAGGAGCAGUAUGGACAAUUGCACCAUUACUUGCACUGGCAAUCAAACAUUCAGCUACAACACUCAGGCAUGUGACAGGACAUGCUUGUCACUCUCCAACCGAGCCCUGGAAUGCCAUCCAACUGAUAUUCCUAUUGAAGGCUGCCAGUGUCCUAAAGGAAUGUACCUGAACCACAAGAAUGAGUGUGUUCGUAAAUCUCAUUGUCCCUGCUACUUAGAGGACAGAAAGUACAUCCUGCCUGACCAGUCAACAAUGACUGGUGGGAUCACCUGCUACUGUGUUAAUGGGAGGCUAAGUUGUGCAGGCAAACCUCAAAAUCCUGCAGAAAACUGCAAAGCUCCCAAGAAAUACAUUUCAUGUUCUGACAAUUUAGAAAACAAGUAUGGAGCUGCAUGUGCCCCUACCUGUCAGAUGCUGGCUACUGGAAUUGAAUGUAUACCCACUAAGUGUGAAUCAGGCUGUGUCUGUGCUGAUGGCCUCUAUGAAAACCUCGAUGGCAGGUGUGUGCCAGCUGAGGAGUGUCCAUGUGAAUAUGGUGGCCUUGCUUAUGGAAGAGGUGAACAAAUCCAGACAGAAUGUGAGAUCUGCACUUGCACAAAAGGCAAAUGGAAAUGUGUUCAGAAAACAAGGUGUUCCUCCACCUGUAAUCUGUAUGGAGAAGGCCACAUCACCACUUUUGAUGGACAGCGUUUUGUGUUUGAUGGCAACUGUGAAUACAUAUUAGCUAUGGAUGGCUGCAGUGUUAACAGACCCAUUUCCACUUUCAAAAUUGUUACUGAGAAUGUAAUCUGUGGGAAAUCAGGAGUUACAUGCUCCAGAUCCAUCAGCAUUUACCUUGGGAAUCUGACAAUCAUACUGAGAGAUGAAACCUUCGCUGUUUCUGGGGAAAAUCCUGGUAUAAAAUACAAAGUGAAAAAGAAUGCCCUUCACCUGAUGUUUGAUAUCAUUAUCCCAGGAAAAUACAACAUGACCCUUAUUUGGAAUAAGCAUAUGAACUUCUUCAUCAAGAUCUCCAGAGAAACACAGGAAACGAUCUGUGGUUUGUGUGGUAACUAUAAUGGUAACAUGAAGGAUGACUUUGAAACUCGAAGCAAGUAUGUGGCAUCAAACGAGCUAGAAUUUGUCAACUCUUGGAAAGAGAAUCCUCUCUGUGGGGAUGUGUACUUUGUAGUGGACCCCUGCAGCAAGAACCCUUAUCGUAAAGCAUGGGCAGAAAAGACAUGUUCCAUCAUCAACAGCCAUGUUUUUUCUGCCUGUCACAAUAAGGUGAAUCGGAUGCCCUACUAUGAGGCCUGUGUCAGAGACUCCUGUGGGUGUGACAUUGGAGGGGACUGUCAGUGCAUGUGUGACGCCAUCGCAGUCUAUGCCAUGGCAUGCUUGGAAAAAGGCAUCUGCAUUGACUGGAGGACCCCCGAGUUCUGUCCUGUCUAUUGUGAGUAUUACAAUUCUCAUAAAAGAAAAGGAAUUGAUGAUGCUUUUUCCUAUGGCUACAACGAUGACAAAUGCACCUGGCACUACAGGCCUUGUAACUGUCCAAAUCAAAACUACAAAUAUGUCAAUAUUGAAGGCUGUUACAACUGCUCUCACAAUGAAUACUUUGACCAUGAAGAAGAAAGGUGCAUGCCUUGUGGACAAGUAAACAUUACCACCACACCCGAACCAUCUUCACCUUCACCAGUAACAACAGUGCAGCCUAAAGUAACAAGGAGCUCUACCACAAGCUCACUUCCAACAGUACCUAGUACUUCUUCUGCAACAACUGUAUCACUUGAGACUACAAAUCCAACAAUAACUGAAAAAAUUACGGUUCCAAGAACUUCACCUUCACAACCUCUUUUCACAAUAAAGUCAACUACUGAGCAUACAACAUCAAUUUUUACCACACCAAACAUGACUACAACCAUCACUACCCCUUCCAUAACUACCUCAAUGAAAAGAACCAUGGCCACUACACCAACGUCUGUUCCCUCAUCACCUUCUGCCUCAUCAAUCGCUGCUUCAACAGAGACAGAACAAGUAGGGGUCACCUCACCAUCCUUCAAGACCACCACCAAAAGGGAAACAGCAACCUCCUCAAUUCCUACUCAAACCACAACUUGGAGCACAACUUUCAGCCAGCCUCAACUAACAACAGCAGAGAGUGAGGGAACCGAAGCAACCACUCUGCACUACCCAGAAGUAGUUACCCACAUAAGAACAAAAGUGACACAGCCUGUGCAGCACCUCGUCACCCAGACACAGACCACCCCUGGCACAUCCACCAGCAGCACCUCUGUCCCGAGAGAGACCAGCCUGGCCACUAGUCCAGAAGUUCCACUGACAAGAACAUUUCCAAGCUCCAGUUCUUUGCCUGUCACUUCAGCCUCAUCUGCUUCUUCCCUCUCCUCAACCCAGCUGGGAACAUCAUAUCCUGCAAGGGAGCCAACCAGAGCUAAGACACCAACUACUAAAGUAGUAACAGCCUUCACCCAUGAACUGUCAACUGUGCCACACAUUGGGCCACCUGUGACCACGCACAAGACCACAGCCACCACCUCCAUCAGCAGCACCUCCAAGACCUCUGUCUCCACUGGAGCCAGCCCACCAAGCAGCACAGAAGUGCCUCUGGAAACGGCCUCUCCACAUCCCAGCUCUCUGCCUGCCCCCAGCAGCCCGCUCAGCACCCGGCUGCCAUCCACUGCCACCACUUCCACAGCAUCCUCCACAGCAGCUCCCAGCACCAGCCCCAGGCCCACACCUACAACCCUGAGGCCCAAGACCUCUUCCCCAACAACCAGUGCUGCAAAGGAGUCUCCUGUAACAGAGUCCUCUGCACCCACCACAGCCAAAACCAGCACGCUGCCAUCGCCUGCUUCUUCUCCUUCCUCAACUGUGUCCUCAACAAGGCUCAGUUCCUCACAGCCUGCAGCCUUCACCCAUGAACUGUCAACUGUGCCACACAUUGGGCCACCUGUGACCACACACAAGACCACAGCCGCCACCUCCAUCAGCAGCACCUCCAAGACCUCUGUCUCCACUGGAGCCAGCCCACCAAGCAGCACAGAAGUGCCUCUGGAAACGGCCUCUCCACAUCCCAGCUCUCUGCCUGCCCCCAGCAGCCCGCUCAGCACCCGGCUGCCAUCCACUGCCACCACUUCCACAGCAUCCUCCACAGCAGCUCCCAGCACCAGCCCCAGGCCCACACCUACAACCCUGAGGCCCAAGACCUCUUCCCCAACAACCAGUGCUGCAAAGGAGUCUCCUGUAACAGAGUCCUCUGCACCCACCACAGUCAAAACCAGCACGCUGCCAUCGCCUGCUUCUUCUCCUUCCUCAACUGUGUCCUCAAGAACGCUCAGCUCCUCACGGCCAGCAGCCUUCACCCAUGAACUGUCAACUGUGCCACACAUUGGGCCACCUGUGACCACACACAAGACCACAGCCGCCACCUCCAUCAGCAGCACCUCCAAGACCUCUGUCUCCACUGGAGCCAGCCCACCAAGCAGCACAGAAGUGCCUCUGGAAACGGCCUCUCCACAUCCCAGCUCUCUGCCUGCCCCCAGCAGCCCGCUCAGCACCCGGCUGCCAUCCACUGCCACCACUUCCACAGCAUCCUCCACAGCAGCUCCCAGCACCAGCCCCAGGCCCACACCUACAACCCUGAGGCCCAAGACCUCUUCCCCAACAACCAGUGCUGCAAAGGAGUCUCCUGUAACAGAGUCCUCUGCACCCACCACAGUCAAAACCAGCACGCUGUCAUCACCUGCUUCUUCUCCUUCCUCAGCUGUGUCCUCAACAAGGCUCAGUUCCUCACAGCCUGCUUUCCCCCAUAAAAUGUUGACCAUGCCACCUUCUGUGACAGCUGUGACCACGCACAAGACCACAGCCGCCACCUCCAUCAGCAGCACCUCCAAGACCUCUGUCUCCACUGGAGCCAGCCCACCAAGCAGCACAGAAGUGCCUCUGGAAACGGCCUCUCCACAUCCCAGCUCUCUGCCUGCCCCCAGCAGCCCGCUCAGCACCUGGCUGCCAUCCACUGCCACCACUUCCACAGCAUCCUCCACAGCAGCUCCCAGCACCAGCCCCAGGCCCACACCUACAACCCUGAGGCCCAAGACCUCUUCCCCAACAACCAGUGCUGCAAAGGAGUCUCCUGUAACAGAGUCCUCUGCACCCACCACAGCCAAAACCAGCACGCUGCCAUCGCCUGCUUCUUCUCCUUCCUCAGCUGUGUCGUCAAGAACGCUCAGCUCCUCACGGCCAGCAGCCUUCACCCAUGAACUGUCAACUGUGCCACACAUUGGGCCACCUGUGACCACGCACAAGACCACAGCCACCACCUCCAUCAGCAGCACCUCCAAGACCUCUGUCUCCACUGGAGCCAGCCCACCAAGCAGCACAGAAGUGCCUCUGGAAACGGCCUCUCCACAUCCCAGCUCUCUGCCUGCCCCCAGCAGCCCGCUCAGCACCCGGCUGCCAUCCACUGCCACCACUUCCACAGCAUCCUCCACAGCAGCUCCCAGCACCAGCCCCAGGCCCACACCUACAACCCUGAGGCCCAAGACCUCUUCCCCAACAACCAGUGCUGCAAAGGAGUCGCCUGUAACAGAGUCCUCUGCACCCACCACAGUCAAAACCAGCACACUGCCGUCACCUGCUUCUUCUCCUUCCUCAACUGUGUCCUCAACAAGGCUCAGUUCCUCGCAGCCUGCCUUCACCCAUGAACUGUCAACUGUGCCACACAUUGGGCCACCUGUGACCACACACAAGACCACAGCCGCCACCUCCAUCAGCAGCACCUCCAAGACCUCUGUCUCCACUGGAGCCAGCCCACCAAGCAGCACAGAAGUGCCUCUGGAAACGGCCUCUCCACAUCCCAGCUCUCUGCCUGCCCCCAGCAGCCCGCUCAGCACCCGGCUGCCAUCCACUGCCACCACUUCCACAGCAUCCUCCACAGCAGCUCCCAGCACCAGCCCCAGGCCCACACCUACAACCCUGAGGCCCAAGACCUCUUCCCCAACAACCAGUGCUGCAAAGGAGUCUCCUGUAACAGAGUCCUCUGCACCCACCACAGUCAAAACCAGCACGCUGCCAUCGCCUGCUUCUUCUCCUUCCUCAACUGUGUCCUCAAGAACGCUCAGCUCCUCACGGCCAGCAGCCUUCACCCAUGAACUGUCAACUGUGCCACACAUUGGGCCACCUGUGACCACGCACAAGACCACAGCCGCCACCUCCAUCAGCAGCACCUCCAAGACCUCUGUCUCCACUGGAGCCAGCCCACCAAGCAGCACAGAAGUGCCUCUGGAAACGGCCUCUCCACAUCCCAGCUCUCUGCCUGCCCCCAGCAGCCCGCUCAGCACCCAGCUGCCAUCCACUGCCACCACUUCCACAGCAUCCUCCACAGCAGCUCCCAGCACCAGCCCCAGGCCCACACCUACAACCCUGAGGCCCAAGACCUCUUCCCCAACAACCAGUGCUGCAAAGGAGUCUCCUAUAACAGAGUCCUCUGCACCCACCACAGCCAAAACCAGCACGCUGCCAUCACCUGCUUCUUCUCCUUCCUCAACUGUGUCCUCAACAAGGCUCAGCUCCUCACACCCUGCAGCCUUCACCCAUGAACUGUCAACUGUGCCACACAUUGGGCCACCUGUGACCACGCACAAGACCACAGCCACCACCUCCAUCAGCAGCACCUCCAAGACCUCUGUCUCCACUGGAGCCAGCCCACCAAGCAGCACAGAAGUGCCUCUGGAAACGGCCUCUCCACAUCCCAGCUCUCUGCCUGCCCCCAGCAGCCCGCUCAGCACCCGGCUGCCAUCCACUGCCACCACUUCCACAGCAUCCUCCACAGCAGCUCCCAGCACCAUCCCCAGGCCCACACCUACAACCCUGAGGCCCAAGACCUCUUCCCCAACAACCAGUGCUGCAAAGGAAUUGCCUGUUACAGAGUCCUCUGCACCCACCACAGUCAAAACCAGCACGCUGCCAUCACCUGCUUCUUCUCCUUCCUCAACUGUGUCCUCAACAUGGCUUAGCUCCUCACAGCCUGCUUUCCCGCAUGAACAGUCAACGGUGCCACACAUUGCGCCACCUGUGACCACACAUCAGACCAUGGCCAGCACCUCCAAGACCUCUGUCUCCACAGAAGUGCCUUUGGAAACCUCUCCACAUCCCAGCUCUCCGCAUGUCCCCAGCAGCCCACUUAGCACCCAGCUGCCAUCCACUGCCAUGUCUCCAUUCUCGUCUGCUUCGGCCUCAACCGUCAGCACAAUGUCUGUGCCUACAUCCCCGACUACUUCCACAUUUAGGUCUGAGAGCACUACACAUUCUUACUUCGAAAACACCACAUUGACUCCACAUGGCAAAACAUCUUCUGUCCCUACUAGUAUCUCUACCCAGUCUAGGCCAGCUUUGAUCCCAACUGUUUUAUCUACAACUAUUACCUUUGCUCCCCAUGUUAUCACAAUGGCGUCUACACAGUCAGUUGAACAGAGUUCCCUGCGCACAACAACACUGACCACUGCCCGCACGACAUCAUCUUCUUCUCUCACUUCUGGACUUUCAACAUCCCUGUCCUCUGUCAUGCCAUCAACAGUGCCACAUGAGAAUUGUAGAGAAGUUGAAUAUGAAGAAGAAAUCACUUACAAAGGCUGUUCCACAAAUGUCACUUUGAGCCGAUGUGAAGGAUCAUGUCCCUCUUCAACAAAGCUGGAUAUCGAGAAGAUGACUGUCAACACAGCAUGUGGCUGCUGUAGGCCACUUGAACUUCUUAAGAAGCAAUUCCAACUGCCAUGCCAAGACCCAGAUAAUCCUGGAAGAAGGCUCACCACAGAAAUAAUUGCAUUGAGUGGCUGCGUGUGUGACAUUGACAGUUGCACACACUAGUCAGACCUGGUGGCUGUAGAUACUAUCUUUUGUAAUUAAAUCCUGAUCACAAGUUAAUCUUUCCACAGCUCAUUGCUGGGUUCUCUUGUACUGAUUACACAGGACAGCCUUGCUGUCAGGCUGCCUGAGCAGCAGCCUGGACUACCAAUGGAAGUACCAGAUAAAUUAUUCCUGAUCAGGAACAGGGUGGGGUGCAGAGGAGGAAAGAAAGAACAGGCAACAGAAAUAAAGAACAGGCUCAGGAUGUGGAUCACGAGGGAAGUCAAGAAACUGUUUGGCCUUUCUCAGGGUGAUUUAUUCAACCAGAAGUUAAAACCUGGCCCAAGCACUGGGCAGUAACAGAAAUUCAAUGUUCAAAUAAAGCAGAAGGAACUGAAUUUGCUAACUUCUUUCUCCUUUUUUGACCAAUUAUUUUAACUGAAAAAUAGUCUUACUAGAUUCACUACAGUUAACUUGGCCCUAUGGAAGAGCACACUGCCUGAGUGGGAGAAAGGAAGUGACCAGUUCUGGCCUUUGAAGGUGGACACAGCAUAUGUGCUCAUCAGUCACAGAUAACAGGGUUGGAAAGCAAGGUGCUACAUGACCCAAAGGUGAAUGGGGAUGUUUCCCUUAGCAUGGUGGGACAUUUCUAGAAAUGUAACUAACACACACAGAGCAGCUUUGGGAUAAAGCAGGAAGCUGAAGACAUUUAUCUGCAAGAAAUCAAAGCCCACAGCCAUCUAACAGGAUAUAAGUGGUUCACUCACAAGCGAAUUCUACUUGCUGUGACUCUAGGCAAUCUUUACUUCGUUUGCAAGUCAUUUAAGAGCUGUAUUAUUGCAGAAAACCUCGGAGUGCCUUUUUCCCUUUUAGCAAGUGCAGAUGACUCUUUUUCUACAGUGCCAUCAACCCUACAUGCAAUACAGGUGUGUGCUGCUUAGCCUCAACCCUACCCUGCUAUUAGAGCAGUAUACUGCAGCAAGUACUGCUCACAUACUUACUGUUGUUAAACACUCUAGGGAGAAAGAUUUUACAGCUGGGGCUUUUUUAAAACAGAGUUAUUUAUAACUUGUAACCAAACAAGAACAAAAUCAAACUCACUCACUGGGGAAGCAGAAAUCUGUAGACCAGGUAAGAUUCCAAUGAAUAAACCCACCCGUACUUCUCAUAAAAGAAUCACAGCAAAUGUGUUCUACAACAAUUCCAUGAGAAUACUUUUUACACCUUCAUGCCCCCAGACAAAAAAAGGACAGUUUCAUCACUGUUCUAAUCAUUUAUUUAAUCUUAAUAUGUUCUUCUGAUGAAUAUAGUCUAAUAUAUAGUCUUCUAUAUGAAAAUUCUCCACUUAAUUUGACAGAACUUUGUUUUAUACAAAUAAGACAAUCACCAUAAAUGUUACAUACUGGAGUGUAGGUCAAGAAUGAACAUAUGCUACCUGUUUUGCUAUUCAGUUAUUUUCACAUGUCAAUGCCUGAAAAUACUGCACUUAAAAACAAUAACACUGUUUACUGCAGAAAUUACUUUGUCUGCUUGACAGGAUACAUCACUGGUAAGUUAACCAUCAUUCACAAAAAAAUAAAAUCAAGUAUUUGUCUUUAAUUUGUUCACUUUUCUGCUCAUGGCUUCAUUGAGCUGACAUUUAAUACAAAGAGUGAACAGUCAUAAGCUUAACACAGUCACCACUGAAAAGACACUUUCCCUUACCCCCCCUCCUUCCCACAUUUUAAUGCACAUUUUAGCACAGCUUGAACCAAAGCAAAGUGAAAUAAAGUAGUGCAGUGUCUCAAGGUGUCCUUUAAUGAGGGCACAGAGCAUUUUUCAGGGGAACAGAUAUACAAUAGGAUUUGGAAAAUACAAAAGAGAACCUCCUCCUCUGUCUUUGCUAAGACUCCCUUUAGUUCAGCACAUCAGAUUUUAACAGAGCAGCCAAGAGCAUGGUUAACAUAACAGGACUAAUAAUGAGACACAGAACAUCAUGAAGCCAAAACAAAAGGUAUUCCAACAGUAUUUGUCAACAGCCCAACCUGACCGCAGGAACCACUCACCAAGAUUUUCAAUGACGGUAUUUAUGAUUAAAGAGUCUUAAGUAAGAAGAAUUUGAAAAGUCUUAAAGGGGCCAAUUGUUCAAGAGAACUUUUGCAGAAAGACCAGGCCUUUAGCCUAGUUUUCAGCUUUAAUAUCCAUAGUUACUAGCCAUUUCUGGAAAAACAAAACACAUCCCCCAAAAUUCACACAUCACAGCCAAACCUUUGUUCCUCAUUUUUCACUUUUACUCAAGUAUGAUCAGCCAAACCAAGUGACAAUCUCCCAGUUCCAUAAUUAAGCUCAAAGCACUGAAGACAAAAAGCAAGGCACACUCAAUCAUGGAGAAUCCUGUCAACUGCUGAGCAUGGGCAGCAUGAAAGCAGCCUCAUCUAAAUGUAUUUUCAGUAUCACCACCAUGACUCAACACCUUCAUUUCCUGGGCACGUUUGUCUGUAUGUGUUGUGAAACAGCAGUCCCAGGCUUCCUUUCAAUGACCAUGAGGAAAUCUUGACCUGAGGUUCCUUUCUCCUGUCAGCAGUAGCUGAUUUUGUUCACCAUGAUCUGUAGCUCUUGCUGACACCAGCCCAGGGUUUCUAACUGGGCCACCUCACCUGCUUUGGUUUAGCAGCUUCUGUUGCACAUCAAGGCUUGAGAAGCAUGAGCCAAAGUUUCUGUCCACUGACUUCCGCAGAGAGGCUGCAAAGAGUUUGAUGUGAAACAAGGUACAAAGACUUCAGCUGUAAAAACCUAUAGAAAAGCUGAACAUUUUUGGGUCUUCUACUUUCAGUUUCAACAGAAUUUUUCUAUACCAUGUUGGACAUUUUUACCACUGACAGGAAGGAAACUGCUUAGGUAUCAGAUACUUAACCUCUUGAGUCUGUACAUUAAUGUACACUGGGGAAAAGAUAUUGAUUAAAAUUACAUUUUCACCUAAGAGUGCAUGCCUUACA